CAUUCGUACAGCAUCAGGCUUCCAAGUUUAGAGCCAGGAAAAUGGAUCAAAUCCCCCACCUCGGAGAUGAUGAAGAAAAGAAGUCGCUUCGAUUCCAGCUCUCCGAUCUGGACGAGUUCAUGGAGUGGGCGUCCGACGACCGAGUCAUUCGAUUCCUCCGCGAGCCACGGACGGACAGAGCAGCGGCGCUCGGCCACCUAAAAGGCCGCAUCAUGCCGCACCCGUGGUACCGAGCCAUCUGCGUCGAAGACCGGCCCGUCGGCUGGGUCUCCGCCACCCCGGCGCCGGACGACAGCCUACACCAGGCCUCGCUGGGGUACGGCCUUGCUUACGACCACCGAGGGAGAGGAAUCAUGACCGCUGUGGUGAAGAAGGUGGUGUCCGUCCUCUUCGAGGAGUGGCCGCAGCUCGAGAGGGUAGAGGCGUUUGCCGCUGCGGAGAACGGGAGGUCUCAGCGAGUGCUGGACAAAGCUGGGUUCACGAGAGAGGGAGUGUCGAGGAGGUACGCCAUGCCGAGGGGGGUGAGCAGAGAUGUUCCCGUGCACUGAUCCCAUGACUGCUUGACGUAUGUUUACGUAGGCAACUCAGAGCGACUGUUAUAUUACCUUAGCCAGCGUUGACUGUUAUCAAGACAUGAGAUCGGACGGAUGCUAACGAUCCCAAAGAUUUGACGUGGCACUGUAAUA